UCCCACCGCCCCGCGAGUCAUGGGAUCGAGGAGUAAUAACGAGAGUCGCGGUUGCGGGACUAAAGGCGCCGCCGGUCAAGACAUGGCAUGCGACCGCGCCGAGACCGACUUUGAGUUCGCGGUGCCGCCGGAAGCGCCGGUGUUCGAGCCGACCGUCGACGAGUUUCACGAUCCGCUCGCCUACAUCGCCAAGAUACGGCCGAUCGCCGAGAGGUCCGGCAUCUGCAAGAUCAAACCGCCACCCAACUGGCAGCCACCGUUUGCCGUGGACGUGGACAAGUUCAAAUUUGUUCCGAGAAUACAGAGGUUAAAUGAAUUGGAGGCCAAGACCAGGAUAAAGCUUAAUUUUUUAGAUCAAAUCGCAAAGUUCUGGGAGCUUCAAGGCUCCUCCUUGAAAAUCCCCCUCGUGGAGCGCAAAGCACUGGACUUGUAUUCCCUACACAAAAUAGUCACGGAUGAAGGCGGCAUAGAGACUGUGACUAAGGAAAGAAGAUGGGCAAAGAUUGCCAAUAAACUGGGUUAUCCCUCCGGACGAAGCGUAGGCAGCAUAUUGAAGAAUCAUUACGAGAGAAUUUUAUAUCCCUUUGACGUUUUCAAGCAAGGAAAGACACUGUCAGAUCUUAAAAUCGAGCCAGAUUCGGACGCGAAUGAGAAGAGGGAUCGCGAUUAUAAGCCACACGGUAUAAUAUCUCGGCAACAGAUUAAACCGCCGAACGAGAAAUUCUCGCGGCGAUCCAAACGAUUUUCCGGGCAAGAAGAGAAGCAAGAUGUGUCGAUUAAACAGGAAGACUGCAAGGAGGAAUGCGACUCGGACAAUGAGUGCAAGGACAAGAUUAAAAGCAGGUAUCUCAGUUGCGAUCCGGACAAGAGCAAGGAGCUCAAAAAGUUACAGUUUUACGGACCAGGCCCGAAAAUGGCCGGCUUUAAUACCAAAGAGGGAAAGAAAUCCAACAAGACGCGUGGCCUGAAGCUCGUUUACGAGUUCGAUCCUUUGGCGAAAUAUAUUUGUCACAAUUGCGGGAGAGGUGACAAUGAGGAAAACAUGUUACUGUGCGACGGAUGUGACGACAGCUAUCACACUUUUUGCCUUAUGCCACCGUUGACGGAAAUACCAAAGGGUGACUGGCGGUGUCCCAAGUGCGUCGCCGAGGAGGUCUCGAAGCCGAUGGAGGCGUUCGGCUUCGAACAGGCGCAGAGGGAAUACACGCUGCAGCAAUUCGGAGAAAUGGCUGAUCAGUUCAAGAGCGACUACUUUAAUAUGCCUGUCCAUAUGGUCCCGACGUCGCUGGUGGAAAAGGAAUUCUGGCGAAUAGUCUCGUCCAUCGACGAAGACGUCACCGUGGAAUACGGCGCCGAUUUGCACACGAUGGAUCACGGAUCCGGAUUCCCAACCAAGACCAGCGUUAAUUUGUUCACUUGCGAUCAAGAGUACGCCGAGUCUUCGUGGAAUCUGAACAACCUGCCAAUUUUACGCGGGAGUAUCCUCGGUCACAUUAACGCUGACAUAAGCGGCAUGAAAGUCCCCUGGAUGUACGUCGGCAUGUGCUUCGCGACGUUCUGCUGGCACAAUGAGGAUCACUGGAGCUAUUCCAUCAACUAUCUGCACUGGGGCGAACCAAAGACAUGGUACGGCGUACCGGGUUCUCAGGCGGAGCGCUUCGAGCACUCGAUGAAGUCCGCCGCACCGGAGCUGUUUCAUAGCCAGCCCGAUUUGUUGCAUCAACUUGUUACCAUCAUGAAUCCAAACAUACUGACAAGCGAAGGAGUCCCGGUAUUCAGAACAGACCAGCACGCGGGUGAAUUCGUCGUGACGUUUCCAAGGGCGUACCACGCAGGUUUUAAUCAGGGAUACAAUUUUGCAGAGGCUGUAAAUUUUGCACCAGCGGACUGGCUCAAGAUCGGACGAGAUUGCAUCACGCAUUACUCCAACUUGAGAAGGUUCUGUGUGUUCUCUCACGACGAGCUGGUUUGUAAAAUGUCACUGGAUCCAGAUUCAUUGGACAUCGGAGUCGCGACCGCCACGUAUCACGACAUGUUGCAAAUGGUGGAGGAUGAGAAAAAAUUGCGGAAAAACCUGCUGGAAUGGGGUGUGACGGAAGCGGAGCGCGAGGCUUUCGAGCUUCUGCCGGACGACGAGAGACAAUGUGAGGCAUGCAAGACCACUUGUUUCCUGAGCGCGGUCACGUGUACGUACCACAAGUUGCAGGUAGUUUGCCUGAGACACUUUGCCGACUUGUGCACCUGCUCGCCGGAGAAGCAUACGCUGCGCUAUCGGUACACGUUGGAUGAGUUGCCGAUCAUGUUGCAAAAGUUGAAGCUGAAGGCCGAGUCGUUCGACUCGUGGGUCGCCAAAGUGAAGGAUGCGAUGGACCCCAAGAACGACAAGAUCGAAUUGAACGAGUUGAAGGAACUUCUGAACGAGGCCGAGAGUAAGAAGUUCCCCGAGAGCGAGCUACUGACGGCUCUAACCACUGCUGUACAGGAUGCCGAGAAGUGUGCGAGCGUCGCGCAACAGCUGUUAAACAACAAACAACGUACAAGGACUAGGCAAACGGUCGACACCAAGUACAAACUCACUGUGGAGGAGUUGACACUUUUCUACAAGGAAAUAACCAACCUGUGCUGUGAGCUUAAGGAGUCGGAUGGCGUUAAGUUUAUACUCGAUCAAGUGGUACAGUUCCAAAAGGACGCGACAGAAUUCGAGAAAGACGAGGAUUGCGACGUUGAGAAAUUGGAGAAGUGCAUCGACUUUGGCGAUUCCAUCUGCAUCGAAUUGCCUCAACUGGUACAACUGAAACAACAAUUGGCGCAGAUACAGUGGCUAGAAGAGGUGAAAUCCCUCCAAGACGACCCGAAAUCCGUUAGUCGCGACGAGCUGGCCAAGUUGGUCGAGAAAGGCAUGACGAUACCGCCUCAUGUCAGCAUCGAAAAUACGUUGUCGGAAUUGCACGCGUUAACGAAAGCGAUCGACAAGUGGGAAGAGAAGGCCAAGGUGUUUCUCAACUCCAAGAAUAGACGGACCAUCGCGGCUGUGGAGGAAUUUAUUCGCGAGGCUGAUGAGGUCGAGGCGUACUUGCCGAGCUUGGAUAUUCUUCAAGACACACUGAACAAAGCGAAGAACUGGACGAAGCUGUGCGACGAGAUACGAGCGCGCGAACACAUGCCGUAUUACGAUACCUUGGACGAUUUAUUAAGGAGGGGAAGGAUCAUCCCUUUGUAUCUUACUGACCUCCCGACGGUGGAAAACACCCUCUCACAAUCGAAAGCGUGGAAAGAGAGGACCGCGAGGACAUUCCUUAGGAAAAACUCGCACUACACGCUGAUGGAAGCUCUGUCGCCGCGAAUUGGCGUCGGUGUACAGGGGAUGAAAGCUAAGAAGAAUAAGGGCGACGAGUCCACAGGCGCUGUUUACGUCUGCGAUACGAAAUUGGACGACUGCAACAGCCCGGCGACCGUGGUGGCUGCCUUCAAGCUGGCACAACAGCGCGAGAUGGAAGCGAUGAGAAGCUUGAGGGAGAGAAAUUUGAUGAAGAUGAAAGCGGAAGCGGAAGAUUCCAAGUAUUGCGUUUGCCGGCGACCGAGAUUCGGCAUUAUGCUCCAGUGUGAGCUCUGCAAGGAUUGGUUCCACACAAACUGCGUGCCUUUGCCCAAGACAACGUACAAAGGUAAACCACCGGGGCCAAAAGACAUGAAGUUUUUGUGUCCGUGUUGUCUGCGUUCUCGACGACCACGUCUGGAAACUAUACUGGCUCUUUUAGUAACUCUUCAAAAAAUUCCGAUCCGAUUGCCAGAGGGAGAAGCGUUACAGUGCCUAACGGAACGUGCGAUGAAUUGGCAGGACCGAACGAAGAGAGCUUUAGCUACCGACGAGGUCUCGUCGAUAUUGGCAAAACUUUCUGUAAUGUCGCAAAAGUUAGUGGAAGCUGCGGCGAGAGAGAAAACGGAAAAGAUUAUCAGCAGCGAGCUGAAAAAGGCAGCGAAUAAUCCCGAAUUACAUCAGAGAGUGCAGGCUAUCGCGCCCCUCAGUGGAGUGCAUUCGGACGAUAGCACACUCAGUACCGCCGAUGACGAUGACGAUGUUAUUGCCUUGGAUGACGAGCCAACAUGUAGUACUUUCAAUAGUAACGAACACGCGUAUUCGUAUAUUUCAGUCUCGAAAGUUCGGCGGAAAACUCAAUCGGGUGACAGUGAGUCAUUCGGUAUAUUGUCUUCAAACACGAGAUUGCGUUUGGAGGAACUUAUGAUGGAGGGUGAUCUGUUAGAAGUCUCGUUGGACGAAACGCAGCACAUUUGGGGUAUACUGAGUUACAUGAACACGCAAAACACCAUGCGGAAAUACAAGUCGCUCGAGGAAAUUCAAGCGAAUGCCAAUCAGGAGAUGAAGGACGUGAAGAAACGGGGUAGGAAGAGGAAAUCGGAGGAGUUUGAGUUACUUAAGAAAGUCGGACGGCAAAAAGUUGAGGAGAAAACUGUGGUUAAACGCAGCAAAAGCAGCGGCCCCGUCACCAAGGAGAAGAGACAGAGCAGUUCGCCAGUCCCAGUGAAGCGUGGACCUCGAAAGGUGAAACAGAAGGGCGAAGGCGAGGAAAGUCCUAGGAAGCGAGGCGGUAAUCGCACGAAGAAGACCAAGCAAGAAAGUUCGGACGAAGAGGAUGAUUGCGCAGCGGUUAACUGCUUACGGCCUGGUGGUAAAGAAGUUGAUUGGGUUCAGUGUGAUGGUGGCUGCGAAGGUUGGUUCCAUAUGCAUUGUGUCGGAUUGGAUCGCACAGAAAUUGCGGAGGAAGAUGAUUAUAUUUGUAGCAACUGUAAAGAAGCCGAGCAAAGUGCAUCGCCCCAGGAGUACCAUGGCAGCACCACCGACACAGAAGCGGGUGUCUAGGAAAACGACAUUCCUCGUCCUAGGAUUCAUUAGCCCACUUCGUGUCGUCUGUUAGCUCCGCACGAGGCUCCGGGGUGUUUGCGAUAGUGCGACUCUCGAUCUAUCGACUCGCGAGGCAAAGUUAACACUAACAAUUGUUUCUCGCCAAACUAUUGCAGAUCGUGCAUCAUUCGAAUAUCGUUUAUCAGCGAACAAGCGAUAACUUAAGAUGCAAAGUAUUAUAGCAUAGAUGAGUUACGAUACAGCGAUCAUAUAUGAUGAACAUUUCUUCUCAUGAAGUAUCUAUCAACUGUUUUCAUUUGUAUUUGCAAAUAUUAUAUUUGUAGAUGCUAGUGGCAUCGCUAGUCAAUCAUCGAUCUGCAUUUAUACAUCGAUCUAUGAAAUAUUUGUUCACAAGUAGGAACGAUGCUGCACAAUGCUCGAUAUCAGAAAAUUAUUUUCGUGCUUCCUCGUAUACACACAUACACACACAUGCAUACGCACUCGCGCGUUUGCGUCUUGAAAUUUGAUUGUGCGAUGAUACGAACAUUAGUUUUACCUAGUACACACGAAAGUAUUCGUCUGUAUCUCUGUCUGCGUUGUUUCGUUGUGUUUUUACGGAAAAUUAUCGAUUUCGUUUCACGCCAACAGCAAACGAAUCACGGAUGAACCGUGAUGCAUGUACGCCUUUGUAGUUUUGUAAUUGCUUUGUCCGUAGAGAAAAAUGUUAUUUUCGGUAUUUUUAAUUUUAUGUACAUCGCGCCUUUUACUGCGGAUACGAAAUAGUUUCUAUGCGAGAUAUCUAACAAUCUGCGACGACGGGAUUGCUUCAUUUGCAGCAAUCUUAACAACACGGUCUAUAAUGCGUGUUGCCUUAGCUAUAAAUAUUACCCUGGACUAAGGAUAUAUUACAAGCCGAGUAACCCGAACGAUGAGUGAUAUUCUCGAAAAUGUUGUCGGUAAAAUAAUGAUUUACCGUAACCAAUCGUUCCGGAAGAUAGCAUUGCGUUACGGCAGCGAAGUAUCUGUCAAUCUUUUGUAUCGGCUUUUAAAAUGUCUGUGUUGGGCGCACAAAGCGACAAGCGAGGAUUCCUUUGCGCCGAUCAUAUGUACAGAAUAGACUGAGAGAUGUGUGUAUUAUGAUUAGAUUACAUUUAGAAUAUUAGAGUAUAUCGGAAUAUAGAAAGUAAACAUAAGCUAUAGUUUGUAUAAAAUAAAAGGACACGAUUCAGACAAGCAGAUAAAUUAGCAUAUCUACUCUGCCUUCCCGAAAUAGUAAUCUGUAAAUAUUCUCUCUUUUUGCACCAGAGGCUAUACAGCUCUAUAAAGCUCUAUUGCGUUUACACUCCUUUGUAAUUCUAUGAUACUUCUCAUCUGUAUGUGUUCGUCAUCUUUGUUAUUUUUUAGAAGAGGAAAUGUAUUUCUUAAAUUCUUAAUUUAACCGUAGCGCUGCAUUUUAUUAUGUUCCUUUUGACUUAAAUUGGUGAAAAAUAACAUUUUUCAUGUAAAUAUUCACAUAACAUUACAUGAAUUAGAGAUAAUAACUAGUUUUUCCAUUGUUUUUUUGUACUAUCAUUUAUUGUAUAAAAAUAAGUGAUAAUUUGGUCUUGUCCCUUACAUCCUUUUAAAUAUGUAGUUGUCGAAGUUAAGUUACUGAAUCAUGUUAUCGAGUAUAACAAUUUUGUGGAUUAUAUCACAUAACGUAAGAUUAGUUUGUAUUGUGAGGAGAGUACACAAAUGAAUAAUAUUAAAAUGAUAGUUAUUAGACUGCAAGAUUUAUUAGAGGAACAUUUUAUGAAGAACGUUGAUUUUCUCGAUAAGCCGCUUUGACUUUCCACCAAGAAUGUUAUUCUACAGUAUAUGUAGAACAUCUUAUCUAUUAAAUCAAGAUUGUAUAUUUAAAUAGGCGUUGAUUCUGGUUCGAAUUUGAUAUUUUUAAUCUCUGAUUAUUUUGUUUCAAAAGUUUGUAUUACUUGACUUUACGAAGAAAAGUAGUAGUCCAUCCAAUGCGAAAUGCGUGCGGAACGCAGAGUGCUUUAUAUAGAACAACUUUUAUCUUAGGCUAAAUCUCACGAGUAAAUCGUGAAUGAGUCUGAAAAAAACUUUGUAUAAUUACUAUGAUAAAAGAAAAUUGAAAAGUCUUGAGUUUUAUAGCGAAAAUCCGAAAAGAUUGAAUCAACGACAGCACAGUGUGUUUUAAAUAGUUGUAUACUUGUCGGAUAAAUCUUGACGUUUGAUGAACGAGCUUUGCUAACGAACACGGAGGAUUGUUGUUCUAAUAUUAAUUAUAGCGUAAGAGAAACGUCGAAGAAUUCGAUUAAUAGAAUUUAUUGUAACACAAAUAUUGACGCUAAUGACAAAUUCUAUCCACUUGUACUUCGUCGACAAUGAGUAUGCUACAUUUUAUUUAAAACAGGCUGUGAAACAAAGAAUCGAUGAGACGUGUACACAUAUAUUUUUGUAUAGAUCAAUAAGACCCAAUAAUCGAUAAUUUCGAUUGAUGUUGGAUGUGACGCAGUGGAUUUUUAAUGAUAGCAUUUUCAAAAACAUUAGUCGUUGACGUUUCGAUAUCUUUGUCACAUUACUUAUUUUUCUCUCUUGAUACGGAGACUUGUAUCAGAUUUCACUUUAAUAACUUUAAAAAGAAAAAACGGGACGUGGGAUAUUUAAAAUCAAAAUAUUUUGCGUCUGACGGUAAUCUCUCACUUAUCUUUCUCGAGCGUGUAUUAACAAUGCGUUACCACAAAGGGAACGAAAAAUUGGAAUAUCGUCUUACGUGUUCUAGCUGGACUAUUGUACGUUAUCAUGAAAUAUUUGUAUCAUUGUGAAUUAUUAAUCACUUGUUAUAUACCUAAGGCACAAGUGCCUACAUGCCUUUCUAACACACUAUUAUGUGUUUCGACUUUCUCGUUGUGCGCAAACAUCUCGACAGCAUCAUUCUCAGCGUAAUAUGAGACAGUCGGGCAAAUUGUAUUAAGUUAGCGUAAAUUGCUCGUGAUUCUUUAGUUAUUCCGUUCAAUUCCGUUCAAUUCCGUUGAAUCAUACCAACGUGAAUAUUACAUUUUUACGCAGCUAGUUUUGUAAAUACAUACAGUUUACUUUGAUAUGCACACACAUACAUACACAACAAAAUUCCUUUUUAAAUAGUGAACAUAUUUUUUUAGAGAAGAAACAUCUUCACGAAUUGGUAUUUGUAUUACUGGGAUGUGAUUUUUCAUACUUAUUAGCGAUUCCUAAUAGUUUAUUGUCGUUAAAAUUGCGAUCUUCUCUCUCCGCCAAAUGUAUAUUACGAAUGAUUCUGAUAUUCUGUUGUAAGUUUACAUUCUCUACAGUUUUACCGUAAUUAUCUUGAGAGCUCUCGACCGGUGCGUAAUUUAUUCGCCGUCAAAGAACUGUAUAAAGCGAAACAUUUCUGUAAUUUCUGAAGGCUAACUUAAUACUUGUAGCGAUAAAGAUAUAUCACUUCGCAAUAGGACCUUAUUUGAGGCGGAGCCCGGCUCCUUUCGAUAAGAAAGCGAUUCACUUCUUGUUGCAUAUAUUAUCGUAGAUGUAUCUAUGAAUAAAUCACUUGACGUCAAAGAA